GAAGGAGCCACCCUGAGCAGGGCAGGGGCUGCUGCUGAGAGGGGCUGGGUGGCUCAGGGCUGCUCCCAGCUCCAGACCUGCCUGGGCACCGCUCCGGAGGACACUUCUUAAAAGAAGGACCCCAUGUGCAGCCACAGAAAAUGUCCAACAGCAGCUCCAUCAGGCACUUCCUCCUGCUGGCACUGGCAGACACACGGCAGCUGCAGCUCCUGCACUUCUGCCUCUUGCUGGGCAUCUCCCUGGCUGCCCUCCUGGGCAACGGCCUCAUCAUCAGCACCGUAGCCUGCAGCCACCACCUGCACACGCCCAUGUUCUUCUUCCUGCUCAACCUGGCCCUCACUGACCUGGGCUCCAUCUGCACCACUGUCCCCAAAGCCAUGCACAAUUCCCUCUGGGACACCAGGAACAUCUCCUACACUGCAUGUACUGCUCAGCUCUUUUUCUUUCUGUUCUUCAUCUCAGCAGAAUUUUGCCUCCUGACCAUCAUGUGCUAUGACCGCUACGUGUCCAUCUGCAAACCCCUGCACUACGGGACCCUCCUGGGCAGCAGAGCUUGUGCCCACAUGGCAGCAGCUGCCUGGGCCACUGCCUUUCUCAAUUCCCUGCUGCACACAGCCAAUACAUUUUCUCUGCCCCUGUGCCAUGGCAAUGUCCUGGGCCAGUUCUUCUGUGAAAUUCCCCAGAUCCUCAAGCUUUCCUGCUACAAAUCCUAUCUCAGGGAAUUUGGGCUCAUUGCAGUUAGUGCCUGUUUUGGUUUUGGAUGUUUUGUGUUCAUUGUUUUCUCCUAUGUGCAGAUAUUCAGGGUCGUGCUGAGGAUCCCCUCAGAGCAGGGACGGCACAAAGCCUUUUCCACCUGCCUCCCUCACCUGGCCGUCGUCUCCCUGUUCCUCAGCACUGCAGCAUUUGCACAUCUGAAGCCCCCCUCCAUGUCUUCCCCAUCCCUGGAUCUGGCCCUGUCAAUUCUGUACUCGGUGGUGCCUCCAGCCCUGAAUCCCCUCAUCUACAGCCUGAGGAACCAGGAGCUCAAGGCUGCAGUGAGGAGACUGAUCACUGGAUGCUUUCAGGAACAUUAAACUACUGGCCAAUUUCUGCCAAUCACUUGUACUAAAAGACAUCUUUCAUACUUCUUGUUGCUUUGGUUGUGGUUUGUUUUUUUUUUUUCCUUUGUAUUAGUUUUUCAUAUUGUCCACAAAGAAAUGUCAUUGUUUGUGCAAUUUCUCAUUUUGUUUCUCUCCACCUUCCAUGUGGCCAGAGACUGUGUCAAUGAGGGGCAGCACUCUUGGUGGCUUUAAAGGACCCAAAGGAUCUCCCAGCAAAGUUUUCUGCAGUGAUGCCCUUUUGUUGCCUUCUCAGGAGCUGCAGCAGCAAUGUCAGUGUGCAGAGCUGGGGUCAGAUCAGUGCUAGCACAGCAUCUCUGGUCCGGCUGGCCACACCAUUCCUGAUCCAGGCCAGGAGCCAUUGGCCUUCUUGGCCACCUGGUCACACUGAUGGCUCAUGUCCAGCUUGCUGUCCAUCAGUCCCUGCAGGCCCUUUCUGCCUGGCUGCUCUCCAGCCACUCUGUCCCCAACCUGUAGUGCUGCAGGGGUUGUUGUAACCAAAGUGCAGGACCCGGCACUUGGUCUUUUUAAACCUGACCUUGUUGUAUUUGGGCCCUGGAUCCAGCCUGCCCAGGGCCCUGUGCAGAGCCCUCCUAUGUUCCCACAGAAUCAACACUCAGAUCCAGCUUGGUGCCAUCUGCAAAGACGUCCUUUGUUUCGUGGAGCCCCUCAGUGUCACAAUGGCCUCCUUGUUACACCAGGCCCUGCACUGUCACACUGGUCUCCUUGGUUCCAUGAGACCAUGCAGAGCAACAAUGGUGUCCUUGGUUCCAUGGGGCCCCAAAAUGUGACAGUUGACCCCUUGGUUCUGUGGGGCUUCACAGUGUCACAAUGUUCUCAAUGCCCUAAUACUGCCUUGUCACCCAGACCAUGCCACUGAGUGCCACUGGAGAGGGACAGGGACUCUGCCACGUUCCCCCCUGGCCAGACCAUUCCAAUGCCCACUCACCCUUUCUGUGAAGAACUUCUUCCUAUUGUCCAGCCUGAACCUCCCCUGAUGCAGCUUAAGGCUGUGUCUUCCUGUCCUGCCCUCCAGCAGAUCCACACU